UAGCUAGGAGAGUGUUGCUGUGUUACUGUACAUCCAGUCUACACUCUCUAUUCAGGAUUGGAACGAGGCCAUGCACCAGCACCCGCCACCCACAACAACAGCAUCAACAACACACAUUCAUUGACCCGCCAGUUACGGAGUUACCCUCAACGAUCCCACAACCACAAGGAAUAGCCUGUUUGUCGUCAUUCCUCCCGAUCACAUAGAUCCCAUAUCGCAGAGGAAUUCAAGAAAGAAUGGCAAGUGAAGGUGAAACAGGAACUCAAGUCUUGGAGGCGAUGGCCGAGGAUCGAGCCGUAGCUCCAUUGGAAGAGUCGUCCUCCAGUAGAGAUGACGAAGCGGCUUCAUCUGGAGACUCGUUCCCUGCUACCAAUGGUGCAUCCAAACGAUUUCGCAACCGAGAAGAAGAUGCGACGGGACAAUCUAGCACCGACACUUAUUCCAUGGUGGAGGAGAAGCGCGAUUUGAUGGCCAAGGCGUCGGGCGUUGCGCAGAAGAAUGCUCCUGCAACUACUGCACUCAAGCCUCCUCCUAAAAGUAAGCGGCAGCCAUCCAGUGGAGACAUCCCAGCAACACGACGCCCACGUGGAAGCUAUCGUCCCCGUGCAUCCAAGACCCCCAGCAAACGAGGGCUAUCCAACGGAGACUCGGGACGUGCGUCAGCUAGAGCCCCCAAUACAACAGACUUGGACGAAUAUGAGUUGCAAGUAAACUUUGGUGUUGGACAGGUGGGGCAACCACGAGGCAGGAGGGAAAGCAAUAGCCUUCAGUAUCUCGAGCGUGAAAAAAUGGAAGGAAACGGCGGCGCCUCGGCAGUAGCUAGGUAUAGCAACAACGCCAACAGCGAUCAUGACGACGUCUCCCAAACAUCCACAAGAGCAUCCCUGACUAGUGCAAUGAUCAAAGAGAAGGAAGCGUAUCCCUCUGCUAGGUCCGUCGUAUCCACCAUGUCUCAGGAAGACUGUGUGCAGGCUCCUCGGCCAACCAUGCCAGGGGCUGUCAGCGUAGCAGGGAUCAAUGGUCCAUCCCCUGAAGUGGACGACUGGAGGAACGCAUCGCUGGUGAGCAUUGGAGAGUAUGAUUCCGAAAUGGGGCUGCAUGGCGAUGCUCAGAGUACUGCCCAAAGUUACAUGUCAGAAGAAACGAUUGUAGUGGCGCACACUGUUGAGGAGGACUUGGAGAGAAAAGAAGCCGAGAUAGAAGAAGAGAUUCGAAGACGCAUUUUGCAAGAAGCCGUAGAGGCUGAUAUCGUGCCAGUGCCUCUCGAUUUGGAACCGGACAAAGAGAAGCAGCAAGAGAAUCAUGCACGUAGCGGCUCCAUGGUUUGGAUCGUCAUCUUUGCCGUGGUUGCAGUCGCAGGAGGAAUCGUCAUUGCGCUGAUCGUUACGAAAGGAGGAAACACGGACAAGCCAGAGGCAUUAGAGUUCUCAGACUCGGAAAGCACCGGCUACGAUCAGAUGACAACGAUUGAUAUUAUCAAACAACGUGGAUUCGUCAAGUGUGGCACAUACGAUGGGCGCUAUGGAUUUGGCAAGCUGAACGACGAUAUGAUGAAUGUGGGCUUCAACAUCGAUCAGUGCAAAGCUAUUUCUAUUGCUGUAUUCGGCGUUCCUGACAAGUACGAGGGCGUGGUUGUGUCAUCUAUGAACCGCUUACCGCUGCUCGCUGCAGGCGAGAUUGAUGUUCUUACCAAUACUGUAACACAUACAAUGGGGAGAGAUGUUUGGGAUCCUCUGUCCGGGACCGGCUUUACCUUCUCGGCACCGUACUUCUACAGUGGUUUGGCAUUUGGCGGGGUUCCAGAAUACGUUGCUUGCGCUGAAGCACUCGAUUCAUUCAAUGGUCAAUGUCGCAACCUGAGGAUCUGUGCGGGAACCGACACUACCCACGAACAGUUCUUGUACUCCUUGCUUCCAGGAACCGAAAUCGUCCCCAGUGAUUCCCCCAAGACAGCUGCAGAAAACAUGAUCGAUGAAACGUGUAAUGUGGUGGCGUCUGAACCUAUCAGCAUGCUGGUGGAUAGGUUCCGCGAGUAUGGAUACGAAGGCCCCUUCCGAACUGGAGGAAAGGUCUUUUCGAAAGAACCGCUGGCGCUUGUCACGCGCGAGGAAGAUACAGAAUGGUCCAACUUGGUGAACUUUGUUGUCAAUGUGUUCUUCUUGGCGGAGGCUAAGGGUAUUUCCAAAUCAAAUGCAGAGGAACUGAUGGAGGUAUUUAUGGGCAACUCUUAUCUUGGAACAGUUGCGACUGGGAUUGUGGCGCACUUGGGAAACUAUGGAGACAUGUACACGAAACACUUGGAAUCGUUGUUUCCGAGGCGCGACUUGAACACUCUGCACAGUGGUGAUGAUUCAGGCCUUCUUUAUGCGCUCCCAUUCGGACUGACCGAUGCCAGAGGCCCCGAAAUGGAAAACGGGACCCUCGCUGAGAUUGUAAAUCGAGGGCAUGUACGGUGUGGCGUUGUCACUCGAUCUGACUUCGUUCACAUGGAUGAGGAUAGUGUCUGGUCAGGAUUGGAAAUUGAGUUCUGUCGUGCCCUGUCUGGAGCAGCUUUUGCCGGAAGUCCCGAUUCGGUGGAGAUUGUAGAUUUGUCGGAUCACCCCGACGGUGUAUACACGGCACUCGUCUCGGGAGAAGUGGACGUUGUUUCAGGAGCUCGCGUCACGUUGGAAGCCGACUUCAAGGAACCUACCACCGGACAGGGCUUCACUUUCUCGACGCCAUUCUUCUACGACAGUGGCAAUGCCUUUGCAUUUGCAACCACCGAAGAUGAUACCCGAUGGAAUGAUUUUUGCAAUUGGGUAGUACUUGGCUCUUUGUAUGCCGAAGAAAAAGGGAUCAACUCUGAUUCUUCCGUUGAAAUGCCCGUGGUGAGGUUGUUCGGCGAACCCAUGAAGCAAAUGCUAAGGGAUAUGGUUUUUGCAGUCGGGUCCUAUGCAGACAUGUACAAUGCCACGUUGAGUGAGAUACCCCGAUCACCGACGAACCAUCUGAACCAGUGGCUGUCUGGGCCGCAACAGUUUCCAAUUCCCUUUCGAUAGAAGUGCGUGGAAAAUCUUUAGUUCUUGAUUAGAUUAGAAUCGAAUCACACUAACAAUAUCUCUGACUGCUUAC